UUGUGUUACCAUAGUGAGCGCAGAGCGCCAUCUUGGCAAAUUGAUAGGUGCAUAAAGUCAUAAUAUCAAAAUGUCAAAGGCAGAAAGGCUUUAUCAACUUGAAAGACCUCCAUUUACUUCUAGGGAAUUUCACACCAGGUUCACAAAUCUCGUGGGUCCUUUAAGUCUCUUUGAACCAGAGGAUAGUGCAGACAUUGGGAAUGAGAACCCUGAAGUUGAAAGACCGCUGACACCUAUUGAGGAUGCAGUUAAGAGUCCGCCAUCAUCAUUCAGUGAUUUUGCCAAGCUUGUUCAUCCCAGGCUGUCACCAAAGGAGGGAAUUAUCGGUCUGUCUGUGAAUGAUCAGCAGCAAUUGAUUGGAAUUCUCAUGAGUGAACUAAACAACAUAUGGAGAGAUGUUCAAAGAGGACCACCAGAUCCAUUCCUGACAGGUCAGCAAAACAGAGAAUUACAAAGGCGUCUAACAAUUGAGAUUGUCGUUAUUACUCAAGGCCUUUUUGCCAAGUACUUAGACAAAGCCCAGAAGCUGAAUCAAAGAGGGGUGUUUAGUGGUCCUGCAAACCUUAGUCGCCUUAAAACCCAACUGGCCUUGGAAGCAAAUAAGAGUCUAAAUGUACUAAGUCUUAGACGGAAUCUAGCUGCAGACAUGAAACAUCCCUCGGAUUCAAGCACAGUCUCCAGCAGGUUCUCUAUUAGUAGACCUGUGCAUGUGCCACCUCCAAAGCUCUACAGACCACUUGUGACAAGACAGGAAGACAGGAAGGGCAAAGUGCACCUUACAAGAGCAGAAAAACAACAGCAAUGGAUAGAUCGUGAAUUAAGUGAUGUAAGUUCUGUUUACAGCAAACUAUCACUUGAAUGUACGUCAUGAAAUAAUUAUUUUAAGAAGUCAGUAUCUUUAUGUGGUGCGAUUGGAAAACCAUUUUCUCAAGUAAUUUGAAGCUGUACAAGAAGAAAUGCCUCCUUUCUAAAAAUUUAACAAAGGUCAGGUUUUUGUAACAGUUUUAUGUAAGAUUGGGACAAUUCAAUUUGAUAGCUGAGAAUACAGCACUCGUCAUUCCUCCUUGAGUCCUUUUUUUCAUUGCUACCUC